AUGCUGAUUCGCCUUGCGGUAGUACUACUUCUUGUGCAGUACUGUCAAGCGAAGACGGUGAAUCUGGAUUUCAAUGUCACUUGGGUCAAUGCAAACCCGGAUGGCCUCCAUGAGCGCAAGGUGGUCGGUAUAAACGGCCAGUGGCCGUUGCCUGUCAUUGAGGUGGACAAGGGCGAUCGCCUGAUUGUCAAUAUGUAUAACGGGCUUGGGGACAAGGAGACUUCCAUCCAUUGGCACGGCAUGUUCCAAAAUGGCACCAAUAACAUGGAUGGUCCGUCGAUGGUCACCCAAUGCCCAGUCGCUCCUGGUUCCUCCAUUACCUAUAAUUUCACCAUCCCCCAAAAUGGUACUUACUGGUACCAUUGUCAUACCGACGCCUGCUACCCGGACGGUUAUCGACAGGCUCUGAUUGUGCACGAUGAUGACGCAUAUUUUAACGAUAUGUAUGAUCAUGAAGUUACCGUUACGAUGAGUGAUUGGUACCAUGAGCUUGUUGAGGACAUUCCGUUCAUUCGUGUUGAAAACCCGACGGGAGCUGAGCCUGUUCCGGAUUCCUUCCUCUUCAAUGACACUUUGAACACAAACAUUCCUGUCGAAGCUGGAAAGACCUAUCUGAUGCGAUUGAUCAACAUUGGUGCCUUUGUAGCGCAGUAUUUCUACAUCGAAGAUCACACUUUCCGCAUUGUUGAAAUCGAUGGAGUAUACGUUGACGCGCAAGAGGCCGAUACGCUUUAUAUCGCCGUUGCGCAACGUUAUGCCAUCUUGGUCACCAUGAAAAAUUCUACGGAUAAAAACUAUCCGAUCGUGACGGUUGCCGACUCGCUUUUACUAGAUGUGAUCGAGCCUUCUCUUCAACUCAAUCAAACCAAUUGGCUCGAGUACAAUAGCAGCGCGGCGCACCCGCAAGCUGUAAUGACGGUGGAUGUCGCCUCUGACCUUGUUCCAUACGAUGAUAUGAAACUUGUUGCCCACGAUCGGAUGGAGCUCCUCCCAGACCCUGAUAUGAUCGUUCAGGUCGAUGUUAUUAUGGACAACCUGGAUGAUGGUGCGGGUUAUUCAUUCUUCAAUAAUAUCUCCUACACGAUGCCUAAGGUCCCGACAUUAUACACUGUCCUCACAUCCGGGGAUUAUGCCACAAACCCGGCGGUCUACGGAGAAUACACACAUCCCUUCAUUUUUGAGCACAACGCUGUCAUUGAGAUCGUUCUCAAUAACCUGGAUGGAGUCGCACUCCGUCAUACGGUCCGUCUUUCAAUGACUACACUGACGGUGACCCUCUCCCCUUACAAUGCCACCGAGAAUCCCUCCAGUAGCUUCCCGAAAUACCCCGCUCGCCGAGAUACCUUCGUCGCACCACCCCAGGGUAACUUUGUUGUCCGGUUCGUCGCCGAUAACCCUGGUGUUUGGUUGUUCCACUGCCACAUCGAUUGGCAUAUGUCACAGGGCUUGGCAAUGUCAUUCAUCGAAGCCCCGAAACAGAUUCAACAGCAAUUGUCGCUAACAGAGAGCGAAAUUAACAUCUGCAAUGCUGCCAACAUGUCCUAUGAGGGAAAUGCUGCCGCUAACACGGAGGAUCUGCUCGACCUAACCGGUGAAAAUAAGCAGCUUCCGUGGCUACCUGUCGGAUUCACGGCGAGAGGAAUCGUGGCAAUGGUUUUCUCUUGCGUGUCUGCUUUCCUUGGCAUGGCGUUCAUCACCGUUUACGGUAUUUCAGGCAUCAAAACACCGAAAGGGGAAACUGCUGUGGUUACCGAGCGUGAGGGAUUGUGA